GGCGACCUUGGUCACUAUACACGAGGGCGACUUGGUGGACGAUGUCCGGGACAUGAUCCUGAAGAAGUAUGCCAACACGUUGGGACGAAACUUUGACGCCCCCGACGUUACGCUGAGAGUUGCUCCCAGGGAGAACCGGCAGGAGAGGAUUCUAGGACCGGAAGAGCCCAUAGGCCGCACUCUCGAUGCAUACUUCCCUGGGGGACAGACGGUGGACGAGGCUUUGGUGAUCGAUGUCCCGGUGAAACGGACGCCCAAGCAUUCUCCCCAACCGCUCCCCAGAUAUUACAUGGACGAGGAUCGCCGUCCUGCAGAGGCAGGUUCGGAUUACUUCCCUCCAAUGCCGAUCCCCUCGAUGCCUUCACCACAUCUCCCCGGCUCCAUGCCCUCCUCUGGGCAAUCUGGACAUGCAAGCAAUCACCAUCUGCCAAUAGCCUCACAUUCCAUGUCUGUCCUAUCGACAGGCCACGUCCCCAGCCUCCCAUCGCCAGGAAGCCUGAGGAGAUCCCAUCAUCGAGAGCGUCCACGGCUGGGCCGUCAGCACACGCCCUCUCCGACGGUCCUGAAUGGCCAGGGCCAGCCCCCUCCCCAUAACGAAAAAUCAGUAGCCAACGCCGCUCCUCCUACGGCACCUAUCCCGACACCCCCUCCCCAACAGCAGAAUGAGAUCUCCCAAAUUCAAGAAGCAGCCGCUCCUCCACCCCGAAUAUCAUCUCCACGUCCUCAAAGCCGCCCCAAGAAGAUCAAGAAGCAAAGUUCGGACCAUCCUCCAUUACCGGCUGGAAUGCUCAAUGGCGCCGUCCCUCCAAUCAACGUCCUGAUCGUCGAAGAUAACAUCAUCAACCUCAAACUUCUAGAAGCAUUCAUGAAGAGACUCAAGGUACGCUGGCAGACCGCCAUGAAUGGACGGGAAGCGGUGACGAAGUGGCGAGCAGGCGGCUUUCACUUGGUCCUUAUGGACAUCCAACUCCCUAUUAUGAGUGGGUUAGAAGCUACGAAAGAGAUCCGCCGGUUAGAGAGAUUGAAUUCGAUCGGUGUAUUUUCAAGCACCGCUUCCACAACGCCGUCCGCGACCGAAGAGGUUAAGCCAGAAGGCGAUGAUAAAUUACCCAAUACCGUGCUCUUCAAAAGCCCCGUUAUCAUCGUCGCUCUUACAGCAUCAAGUUUGCAAUCCGAUCGUCACGAAGCGUUGGCUGCGGGCUGCAAUGAUUUCUUGACCAAGCCAGUCAACUUCGUUUGGCUCGAGCGCAAGGUAAUGGAAUGGGGUUGCAUGCAAGCCCUGAUCGACUUCGACGGCUGGCGGAAGUGGAAAGACUACUCGCAAGACAAGCCGGAAAACGAGCCCAAAGAAGGAAAAUCCAAAGGUGCCGCAAAGAAAAAGAACAGGGUCAGCAUUGGCUCCAACCCCAGCCCUCCCGGCCCUCGUGUCAGUAUCAAGGAGGAUAUGGAGCAUGAGGGUCUGGGCAUCACCGACGGCCAGGCUUCAUGACCCAAGUCUCACGACGGGGUAGCGUUG